AGAGUGGUUAUUUCUAUCUUUAAAGACAAGACAGCACCAGUGCUUUAAUCCUGUGUUCCAUAAGCUUCUUGAAGUCAAAAUUAGAGCCUGAGCUGAUAGAGCAGAAAAUAUCAUUCUGGUUGUCUGGCAUUUUUGUAAGGUUCCACCCCACAGCCAUCUGGCUUAGCCUGUUCUCCAAUUAAAGAGGCAAAGGUGGCAUUAUAUAUACUUCCUUAUUUGUGCGGCAGCGUCACUGAGGUAUAAAUUGGUGUGCAGCUUUAGUUGCUGAUGCUGCAGAAACCGGUUAGCUGGGCAGGGCUGAUGACAGUGGUUCUAUUGUAUAUUGAGGUGGGAGGCUUCUAUCCCAGUGACUUUGGCCUGCAUUUGAAAUGCUCCCACUUUGAGGCUGAACUGUUUAGGGGAGGUUAACUUGAAAGGCAAAUAUGCACCCAAGUUAGAGAGGGCUAGAAAGGUGUAGGAGGCAUACCCGAGGCUGUGUGUGCCUUGAGAAGUGUCAGAUGCUGGAUUCGGUCUCUUUUACUUUUCUGAAAACACUGUCUUUAACUUCAGGCUCAUUCUUGGGAACCAGGACCAACUUUCUUCACAAUUUUUCAGUCUCCUCUGUGUUUGGACACCUCUAGUGAGGGACUCCAUACCGCGCUGUUCUUGAGUGGAGACCCAAGUUCCUGGUGGCUAACUUUGUAUCUGGUGAUGAACUCAGGCCUCACAAACAGAAAGGCUCUUAAUCUUCUACCAUUCUUCUUAUUUCUCUGAAAACUAAAAGGACCCUGGAAUUGAUCUGUAGUGACCAUGCAUAGACAUUUGGAGCAACUUGGAGAUUAAGUCUUUGUUGGAGGCUGGGAUUGAGAGGAGAUAAGGGUCCCCUGGAGCCUGAGCAUCCCUGUGGAGGGCUUGGGAGAGGCAUGCUCAUGGCACCUCUGAUGACGCCCCACGUGACCCUCUGCCUCCUCAGACCUGAAAUGAGGGCAGGCCUAGACCUGGCCAGUGUGUAUGAUGCUCCAGAUUGAGCCAGUGCAUCUUCUCUGGGACUUGCCUCAGAGAGCUUUGCUUGAGGAUUCAAUCCUAAAAAUGCCCCUGGGAGCCAUGGCCCAGGUCUGAAAAUUAUAGGGAAGUGAGUUAAGGCAAAGGGCUGAAAAUGAGAAGGGAUGUAGUUGAGGCAGGUGUUCAGAAAACUCGAGAUCCUCACGCCUAGAAUUAGUCUCUGGAUACUCUGUGCUGGACCUAGAAGGGAUUUUUAUCAAAUUCCAGCUCCAGAUUGGUCACAGGACAGAAGAUGCCCUUGACGGAUCAUGGAUCAGUCUUGUUUCUGUGCUGAGCUCAGCAGCACAGUCUCACCAGAGGUCUGGCUGGGAACAUGUUCUGGCCUGGUUGGCCCUGGAAGGGGGUGGCCUUUUCAGUUCAGUUCACCCACAGCAUGAGCCUGGAGCUGUUGUCUGGAGAAAGUGAGGAGAUGAAGCUCACUGGGUCUUAGGACCUCACAGAUCAUCUUCCUGAGACAUGAGGCUGGCCCAGAACUGGGGACUGAGCCUGUUUGACCUCUGUGCAAUCUGGCUAUGAGGGACUCCCAAAAUAACAAUCUGAGUGUUCAUCUUGGGCUGCCUCCGCUCCAGGGAUCUCCAAACACUUGAUAAAUCUGAUCCCGUGCCAAGGACAGGUGGUCACACUGUCCCUGGGAGACUGAGUGAUGAUGGAUCCCCAGCUGGAAGCCGCAGGGGCCUUCUGGAACCCAAGGCUGCCCACCUUCCGUCUUCUGCCACUGUCCGUGGCUUGUGCACGUGCCCUGCACUGAGUGUUUGCUUAGGAAAGCGCCAUGCAGCUGGAGAUCAAAGUGGCCCUGAACUUCAUCAUCUCCUACUUGUACAACAAGCUGCCCCGGCGCCGGGCAGACCUGUUUGGGGAGGAGCUAGAGCGGCUCUUAAAAAAGAAAUAUGAAGGCCACUGGUACCCUGACAAGCCACUGAAGGGUUCUGGCUUUCGCUGCGUCCACAUUGGGGAGAUAGUGGACCCUGUGGUGGAGCUGGCCGCCAAGCGGAGCGGCCUGGCGGUGGAGGAUGUGCGGGCCAAUGUGCCCGAGGAGCUGAGCGUCUGGAUCGACCCUUUCGAGGUGUCCUACCAGAUUGGUGAGAAGGGGGCUGUGAAAGUGCUCUACCUGGAUGACAGCGAGGGCUGUGUUGCCCCAGAGCUGGACAAGGAGAUCAAGAGCAGCUUCAACCCUGAUGCCCAGGUAUUUGUGCCCAUUGGCAGUCAGGACAGCUCCCUGUCCAGCUCCCCAUCGCCAUCCUUUGGUCAGUCUCCCAGCCCCACCUUCAUUCCACGCUCCGCCCAACCCAUCACUUUUACUACUGCCUCCUUCGCUGCCACCAAGUUUGGUUCCACCAAGAUGAAGAAGGGCGGAGGGGCAGCCAGUGGUGGGAACGUGGCCAGCGGUGGGGCAGGUGGCCAGCAGCCCCCACCGCAGCAGCCUCGCCUGGCCCGCUCUCCCACCAACAACCUGCUGAAGCACAAGAGCCUCUCCCUGUCUAUGCACUCACUGAACUUCAUCGCCCCCAACCCGGCCCCGCAGUCCCAGCUCUCGCCCAAUGCCAAGGAGUUCGUGUACAAUGGCGGCUCGCCCAGCCUCUUCUUUGAUGGGGCCGAUGGCCAGGGCAGUGGGGCCGGCACCUGCAACAGCAGCAGCUUCGACAUGACCCAGGUGUUCGGAGGCGGUGCCAACAGCCUCUUCCUGGAGAAGUCGCCCUUCGUGGAAGGCCUCAGCUACAACCUGAACACCAUGCAGUAUCCCAGCCAGCCCUUCCAGCCCGUCGUGCUGGCCAACUGACCACCCCCCUGCCUGCGGGGCCAGGAGCACCCAAGACCACAGAAGAGAAGAAGGAAAGGAAAGGCCAAAAAAAGAGGAAAAGAAAUAUACGAAAAUAUUCCCAAUCUUCUCGCUCUCACUUCUAGAGAAAAGAGGCAGCCGAGGCACCUGAAUCGUGUUUAACUCAACCUCCUUGCUGUUUUCCUGCCUGCCUAUGAUUUAUUUGGUUGGUUUGGGGUUUGUUUUUUCUGUUGUUGUUUUUUUCCUUACAUGUAGUUUUCUAUAUAACAUCUUUAAUUAGUGGCUUCCUGUGCUAAGAAUGGUCCUGUUGUGAAUUUCUGCUCCCUCCCUCCCUCCUUCACACACCUGGUUUAGGAUUGGUGUGUUCAAGCUCACAAGAGCCACAGCUGGGCCUGGCCCUCGGAACAGGGAGAGGCUGUCCCCUGUCACUGUACCCAUCACCCAGCUAACCUCUCACUCAGAGCCAUCCGACCUCAGCAGGCCUUGUGUCCUGCCACCCAAAUAGGUCUGACCCAAGCCCCCACUCCUCAGGCAUGGGUCACAGGGAGCUGCUGGCUGGCCGCGUGACACCCUCCCCCCAGAGCUGACGCCUAACUCCAGGGAGGUUAGCCCUCUAUUGGAAUGCCUUUCAUCUCUGUCCUGUGGCCCCCACACCACCAUUCCCACCUGGCGUCCCAGACUACACCGUGGCCCUGGAGACACAGCCGUUGACCUGUGUGGCCUCUCAGGCAGCCUUUUCUUCCCUGGGCCUGUGAGGUGUGAGUAGGGAGGUGGGGCCAGUGUGCGGUGGUUUGCUGCCCUACUUUAAAGAAUUCUAAGCCAUGUGAAACUCCCCCCCUCCGCCCCCCAUGUGAUCCUGGGUUGUAGCAAAUGCUUAUUUAUGUUUGAGGUGGGGGAAUAGACCAGGGCAGUUGUCAGUCCUUUUGUAGGGUGGGUCACAUGGUGGGUGAGACUGGCUGAGCCUGAGACACUCCCAGGGGAAAGCACUGCAGGAGGAACUGGUUUCCGGCUGCAGAGGGAUCUGCACUUUUGUAUUUGACCAAAAAAAGGGGGGGGGGGGCUAGCUGUGAGGGGCUGAGGAGAAUACCCAGCCUCUGAUGCCUAAGAGAAGUCCCUGGACCCUCCUGUUGUGUGACUAGCCCAGGGUGGGAGCUGCUCACCUAAGCACCCUGGGGUGGGAAUUCUGAAUCAGUGCCUGUAGUGGGCAGUCCUGAGCCUUGAAUUGAGACUUUUGGGUCCUUUGGCUGUAGAUGUUGUCGUGCACUUCUGCCCCUGCCUGCUUGGGAACAUUUUGGUACCUCUUGCCCAUCCCCUCUCUCUGCCCGACCUAACCCCACCGGCCUUGAUGCCAGAGGAGUGGUCUGGGCAGGCCAGGCUUAGCCACUGAAGCUGGGGCAUUUGGAUAUAGAAGAGCAUUUGCUCCCCACCUCUGCCAGAAGAGCUGUUUCUCCAACCCAACCGUAGUGGGCCAGCUUCCAUGCCAUGAUGCUUCGGCAAGUGGGGCACAUGGCAUCAGGGCCCCCAUCACUGGAAAGUUCCAAAGCCCUCGGCACCCCACCCCAUCCUCCCCAGCGACCCAAGUGGGCAACUGCUCUGGCAGUGGGUCCAGCCCAGAUAGACACUGCCAGCCUUCCCUGCACUGGGCACCAGCUCUACCUCCCCCAGCAGGGCAGUGCCCUGCCUCCUCAGCCCAGCACCAUCUGUCCCCUUAGACUCCUCAGGGGCCAGCCCAAUCUGGGCCACCCUCUCUCCCCAGCCCUUGGCUCCCACACAGGUGACAGGCCCAGGCAGGUUGCUGCUCCCUGGGAAAGGUUGGAUGCUGCCUUAUGCCCCCUCCCCGCUCCCUCCUCCCAAACUCACGCACACAGGUACCCCCCAUACCUGGUCAGCUUGUCUUCUCGCCACAUGUAGGGAGAGGGCGAGACCAACCCCUUAGUGUCUUGAAAUACGAAGAAAAAUGUGUGUUCAGGAGCAUGACUCCAGUGCUGGGCUCUUGGGCCCAGUUCAGUCUGUCUUGUCUCAAAUCUAGGCAUUUUUGCUUCAAAUUUUUUUUAUUUUAAGAAAACAGAAACAGAAAUCUGCACUAAUUUACCUGGUUUGGUAGGAAAACUUUUUUUUUUAUUUUUUACAUUUUUUGGUGUCCGUUUGUAUUGAAUAAUUUGCUACAUUUGUAAAAUGUAAGAGGUAUAUAUAAUAUAUGUAUAUUUCUAACGUAAAAUGUAAUUUUUUUCUUUUCAAGAUUUUUUCUUAAAAAGAGGAGAGAAACAAAGAUAUUUUUUCAGGAAAAACAAACUUUAAAAUAAAAAAGAGGAGAAUAAAACCUUUUUCUCCCCUUUCCCCAUCCUCUAUCUACCCCUCUUUCCAGGAACAAAUCAGAAGGUGGAUCAUCUUGUAAAGAGUGUAAGCUUUUAGUCCAGAAUGAUGUCUUUUUCUCAAUGCAGUGAGCUCUAGAUUCUCUAGUUUGACCCUUAGGGAUGGGAAGGGGGCAUUGAGGCAAUGUGGAGAGGGGCUUGGGGAGCAGGGCAACGAACUUGUUUUCUUUAGUGAAGGAGGAAUACAAUCAGCGUUUUGUAUUCAGAAUGUUGUGCAAUAUUUUGGAAUGGGACAUUGGUGUGUUUAGAGAUUUAGUUUAAAAAACAAAACAAAAAGAUUGAUCAAAUCUGUACAGUUUAUAUUGUUCCAGAUUUUUUUAAGUUUGUAUUAAAAGCAUGAUAUAUAAUAGUC